AUGUGCACCUCUCAGUCCUCCGGCGCAGGAGUUGGAACCAGGCUCUGCACGGGCGGCUGGAUCCCCCCUUCUGCUCCUGCGUUCCUGAGUGCUCUGAGUCACGGCGAAGUGAAAACAGCUGCGGUCGCAAUUUCCGGAGAGACCCGCCCCCUUCUAGGGACCGGUUAUAAAGUAGCGACCACAAGGCUAAGGGAUCAACGGAAAAUUAUUAAACAAAUAAUAGAACUUUCGCUUUUACCACUGAAGAGUAUCUCUGUGAGCGUGUCCAUUUAUGAGUUUGUGGCUGGCGUGUCUGCAACUUUGAACUAUGAGAAUCAGGAGGAAGUUCCUCUGGAGGCCGUCUUUGUGUUCCCCAUGGACGAAGACUCUGCUGUUUACAGCUUUGAGGCCUUGGUGGAUGGGACGAAAAUUGUAGCAGAAUUACAAGACAAGAUGAAGGCCCGCACCAACUAUAAGAAUGCCAUCUCUCAAGGCCACCAGGCCUUCUUAUUGGAGGAGGACAGCAGCUCCAGGGAUGUCUUCUCUUGCAAUGUGGGUAACCUCCAACCUGGGUCGAAGGCGGCAGUCACCCUGAAGUAUGUGCAGGAGCUGCCUCUGGAAACAGAUGGGGCUCUGCGCUUUGUCCUCCCAGCUGUCCUGAAUCCUAGAUACAAAUUCUCUGGUGAGUAUCUCUCCCCUUUGAAUACUGGUGGUGGGUGA